AGCGGGAUGGCCGUAGCUGUGGUGGCGGCUGCAGGAGCCGGAGCAGCUGCGGCCGCAGUGGAGGCAACAGUAGCAGCAGCAGCAGCAGCAGCACCCGGGGGAGUUUAAGAUGGCGGCGGGGGGGCCGGCGGCAGCGGGUCUGCGGGAGGAGCGGCGCUACGGUUUAUCGUGCGGGAGGCUCGGCCAGGACAACAUCACCGUGUUGCAUGUGAAGCUCACAGAGACGGCGAUCCGGGCGCUGGAGACGUACCAGACCCACAAGAAUUUAACUCCUUCCAGACCUUCAAUUCAGUUUCAAGGACUCCAAGGGCUUGUCAAAAUUCCCAAAAAUGAUCCUCCAAAUGAAGUGCAUAAUUUUAACUUCUACUUGUCAAAUGUUGGCAAAGAUAACCCUCAGGGAAGCUUUGACUGCAUCCAGCAAACUGUCUCAAGUUCUGGUGCCUCACAGCUCAAUUGCCUGGGAUUUAUACAAGAUAAAAUUACAGUAUGUGCAACAAAUGACUCCUAUCAAAUGACAAGAGAACGAAUGACCCAGGCAGAAGAGGAAUCCCGUAACCGAAGUACAAAGGUUAUAAAACCUGGUGGACCAUUUGUAGGUAAAAGAGUGCAAAUUCGGAAAGCACCUCAAGUUGUUCCAGAUGCAGUGCCCGAGAGGAAAAGGUCAACUCCUAUUAACCCUGCAAAUACAAUACGAAAGAUCCAUUUAAACAACAGUGUUUUUCAGCGGCCCUAUAGAGACAGGGUGAUUCACCUCCUGGCACUGAAAACAUACAAGAAACCGGAGCUACUUGCUCGAUUACAGAAAGAUGGCGUUAAUCAAAAAGACAAGAACUCCCUUGGAGCCAUCCUUCAACAGGUAGCCAACCUGAAUCCCAAGGACCUCUCUUAUACCUUAAAGGAUUAUGUAUUUAAAGAGCUCCAAAAAGAUUGGCCUGGAUACAAUGAGAUAGACAGACAGUCGCUGGAGUUAGUGCUGUCUAGAAAAUUAAAUCCAUCUCCUCAGAAUGCUACCAGCACCAGCGGUUCAGAAUCUCCUAUAUGUUCUAGUAAAGAUGCUGCAUCUUCUCCUUCUCAGAAACGCCUCUUGGAUUCAGAUUUCAUAGAUCCUUUAAUGAAUAAAAAAACUCGGAUAUCUCACCUAACAAAUAGAGUUCACCCAACAUUAAACGGUCAUUUGAAUUCCACCCAUGAAAAAAUUGCUGUGGCUCCACCACCACCACCACCACCUCCUCCUCCUCCUCCACCACCUCCUCCUCCUGCAGCUGCCGCCACCCCUACUCCACCACCUCUUCCUUCAACCCACCUUCCAGUUUCAAAUCCUCCUCAGACUGUAAAUUCCAACUCCAAUUCCCCUAGCACUCCAGAAGGCCGGGGGACUCAAGACCUACCUAUUGACAGUUUUAGUCAAAAUGGUAGCAUCUUUGAGGACCAGCAGGACAAAUAUACCUCUAGGACUUCUUUGGAAAUCCCACCACCUGAUUCAAUCCUGUUGAAGUGUCCAAAGCCCAUGGAAGAGAAACAUUCAAUGUCGCAUAAAAAAUCUAAAAAAAAAUCUAAAAAACAUAAGGAAAAGGACCAAAUUAAAAAACAGGACAUUGAGGAAAAGGAGAAAGACCUUAAGACAAAAGAUGAAAUUGCCAAGCUAAAUAACCCCAGUCUGGAUUCAAAUGAAGGAGUUGAAGAGGUUUGCCCUGCCUCCACAGAUCCUUCAUCAGCUAUUGAACUACCAGAUUACUUAAUAAAAUAUAUUGCUAUUGUCUCACAUGAACAACGCCAGAAUUAUAAAGAUGACUUCAAUGCAGAGUAUGAUGAAUACAGAACUUUGCAUGCCAGGAUGGAGACUGUUGCUAGAAGGUUUAUUAAACUCGAUGCACAACGUAAGCGCCUUUCUCCAGGCUCCAAGGAGUAUCAGACUGUUCAUGAAGAAGUCUUAGAAGAAUAUAAGAAGAUCAAUCAGUCUAGUCCCAAUUACCAUGAAGAAAAAUACAGAUGUGAAUAUCUUCAUAACAAGUUGGCUCACAUCAAAAGACUCAUAGGUGAAUUCGACCAACAGCAAGCAGGGUCCUGGCACUAGACCCCUGCUUAGACCAGAAGAUGUGAAUAAACUUAAGCUUAUUUAUUUAAAAUUCCAAAUGAGUUGCUCUAAGAUUCUAAAAAAUUGAAACUUUGUCAGUUGAAAGUUUCAGUAUUAGCAAACUUUGAGUUACUUUUUUUUUAUUAUUAUUUUUUAUUUUAUUUUGCUUCCCUGCAUAUUUGAAGCUGCUUUUUCUGGUCCCUUUCUCCCCCCUCAAGACUUUAGUUUGUCCAUGGAGAUCACUUUUAGAUAUUGGGGGUCCAGUGUCUGUACUUAAAGGUUGUGCACAUUUUCAAAGAAAUAACAAUGUAGCAAGUUGAGAUGCUUUUGGAUAAAUAUAGGCCUUUUUUUUUUUACCUUUAUUAAUUUGAACUCUUUGCCUUAAUUGGUAGAAGGUUUAGAAAUUUGCACAAAAUACAAAAAAAAAAGUUAAAACAUUGUUUUGGAGGGUUAAGAAAUAGAAAGGUGUGUGUAUAUGUACGUAUAAAUUAUAUGCAGCCUGACUUGAUCUCGAACAGUAAUUUAUCCCUACAGGUUAAAACCCCCCCCAUUGCAAUGGUUGCCUUAAGGUGUUUGCUUGUUGUAUACAUAGUGUAGCUAAUCCUUAGCUACACUGCUUCCCAUUUUAUUAAAGCGAUGGAGAAGCACAUCGUGGCCUACCAGCGUCUGUAAGAGUGUGCUUGUACUUACUGUAUGUGUGCAGAGGUUGUGUGGAUGUGAGCAUGCAUGAAGAAAAAAAGCUGCUACUCUUAGUAGGCCAAAACGCUCAGGUUAAAACAACUGACGAGUGUUACUGUAGGUUUUUUCCUAUAAAAUUGCUACUUCUAUUGUGGAAGACAAAAGCAUUUCCAUUUCAACAGUUUGUCAGCUUUAUUAAUGUUGGGGAAAAUCGAUGUUAUGAAAAUGAAACUGAUCUAUAGUUUUGGGGCAAAAUUAUAAAAAUUAAACAUGUAGGUGACCUAUUUAUAUACUACUAUAAAGUAUUUUUUUGAAGAGAGAUAUGCAAAGAAGCUAUUGCCUACAUGAAAUGUAUAUUUAAAGAUUUUUUUUUUCUCCUGGGUGACAGGAAUAUAACAAAGAACAGAUAUAUUUAACUAUAAAAUACUGUGAUUCAUCAAACAGCACAAACUUUCAUUUCAUGCAGUUUAUCUGUUUACUUUGAUUUAAACUAUCGCUUGUUUUAUCAUGUGGGAACAUAAGUUAUUUGGUCAAGCAUGUAAGGAUUUUGAACUAACAUUGGCUUAAAUUGUGUUGUCUGUACCGUAUUGUCUUUUCAAAGUGCUGCCAAUUGAAAAGGGAAGCAUUAUGUUUACAAAUCUGAUUUUUGGAAUGUUUGCCAAAUUUUUGGUAGUGUCUUUAAUAAAUGUCUCCAGCAUCCAAAAAAACAUAACCUAACCAAAUUUGUUGUGUAUCGCUGUAAACCAGAAUAUGUUUGGUGUCUAGGAUACUUGAGGUACUAUGUCAUCAUCCAGUAGUCAGGGAUGGGAGGGAGAACUUUCUCUCCAGUGUCCUUCCAGGACAUUCACCAAUCUUUUUCACAUUACUCUAAACAACAGGUCUAUUACUAUGUAGAGCAGAAUUCACGGUAUUUUACUACUCAUCAUUGAGACUCUUGGUGCUCUUUCUCUUACCUCAUAAUUGAUACAAUCACUAUUAGAUCUUAAUAGGUUUCCAAAUUUUAAAACAAUAUAUACACCAACCAAGGGGAAUUUAUUCAGGGAUAAGGUGGAAUUUGAUCUUUAUACAUAUUAUGAUUUCAUCAAUCUCUCUCAAGCGUUUUAUCUAUAAAUAAUGUGGUUAAUCCCAGGAGGAAUUCAUUGGUUUAACUACUUGGAUGAUGAUGAAUUGGUUGGUUAACAAAAAAUUAUUGGCUUUAAGACAAGAAAUAUAUGCUUUUAAAGGCUUGGGUACAACUCCAAAUCUUCAAGUCUAUAAGUCAUAGUAUUUUAGAGCUGGAAGGGACCCUACGGAUCAUCUUUCAGUUAAAAAGUAAGUUUAAAUAACAGAAAAAGAGAGAAAAGGCUACCUAUAUGUGUCUGCCCAUCAUCCUGUACAAGUCACUUCUCUUCUAGUUGUGAUGUAAGACCAUCUGUAAUUGUUUCCAUGCCAAUUCCUGUUGAAAUAUAUGUUUACAAAUAAGACUCUCCUUGUAGCCAAAAUUUUAUCCUGCUUAAAACUAACUACCACAAACAUGUGAGCACAUCUUCUGGUUUACAGAUUGGGUAAUUACUUCAGCUGGAGAUCACAUUUAUAGUCCAGCAUUGCACAUCCUUAGGCUUCACCACCUACUGUAAAAGCCUUAAUGUAGAUGGCAUCCUUUGCAUUGGGCAUAUCCUUGCAAAAUGUAUGUCCAUCUAUUGAUUGCAAAAUGUAGUUCUUUAAAUCUACAUAUCUGCUCUUACUCUAGUCUACAUCUCUGUUGAAUAAGUGUAUAAACUUAUCAAAGUGCUAUUUUUUAACAAUAUUAAUCUCUCACUGCAAGAUUUAUAGAUUCUCUCAGAUGAAAGCCAAAUGAAACUUUUCAGGCGAUGGUGAUGGUGCAGGUUCAGUUCCAUUACUCUCUGUAUACAGUUUGAUUCAUUUGAGAGAAACAGUACUAGUAAAAUAGCAUCACUCAAGGUUGUCGUAUGUCUUUCGCUGCAGUUAGUCUAAACCAGUUGCAAGCGCUCGUUAAGAGUUUUUCUUCUUUAGUAAAGUCUUAUGAAAUGGAAUGAACAGUUGAUUUAAAUCAAACCAAAAUGAUGCUAAAUAGUUUUAUAAAAGCCAAAAUAAACCACAGAUUUUUUUUUCCUCAUUUUGUUAGUUUUCUGUUUCUCAAGUGAUAAAUUAGGAAGAGGGAUCAACCUUUUGAGUAGACAUAGUCAAUCUUGAUUCUUGCAGAGUAGCUGGUUGAAACAAGUUUAGAUCAUUGCUGGCUACUUUUAUUUUUUAAAAAAUUCAGUGUUAAUUUCUGUAUGUCUCUAAAUCAUCUUAUAAUCUUUAUAAGAAUUUCCUUUUCCCUUAUAUUUAACUGUAUUAUGUGAAGCAAAGGCAGAUUCACAAGUUAAAAGCAAGGUUCUGAAAUGAGAUUUAAACAAUUGAUCCAUCACUUGAUAUACUGUAACUUGAUAGUUCUACUCAUUCCAUCUUUAUUUUUAAAACUUUACUGAGACAUUUUAGCCAGUUCAUUGCCUUUCUGGCAGUGUUGAACUCACCACAUAUGUUUGGCAUAUGCCUUCACUACUUUUGAAGAUGUUACAGCUAGCUAUCUGCCUAAGUGUUACUAAAUCCUUUCCUUCCACAUACCUAAUUGGGAAGAGUUAAUAUAGCCAGCACUGUGAAAGGAACAUUUUUGGGGAAGAAUAUUAAACCAACACUACUAAAGGAAAACAACAGAGAAUGUUUGCAAAGCGUUUUGUAACAUGAAGACUAAAUAAACAAGGCUGUGAGGCUCCAUUCUGAAUUUUUUGAAGUGUUUAAAAAAAUACAUACCUACAUUAUUUCUCGGUUCCACACAACUCAUAUUAGGAUUCUCAAAGGUAAAAUGCCACAGGGGCAUUUUGUUAACCUAAUGAACACUUGAGCCAUUGUUGCCCCCACUGUUCUACACCAAUUUUAGUUCAAUAAAACAGAUGUUAACUUUUCAA